AUGGCCACUCCAUCAAUGCCCGUCGAAGUGCACUACUGCUUCUGCUUCCCGCACCACGAUGUGCAUCAAAAUAAGCUCCAUAGCUUGCGCUUUGCGCUUAAAUUCAAGAUCCUGAACCAAAAGAAUAACGAAACGGUUAUUCUGAUUAAUGAAGACACCGACCGUCAGUCAAUCGAAGAGAUGGUAGCGUUUGAGUUCCCAGGGGCUUAUGUCCGAGUGGCUCUUUACGACACGAUUUUGGAGAAUAUUGAGCAUGAUUUGGAAGGACAGUACGUUGGGUUCGAAUUCCCUAAAAGUGUGUCCCUCGUCCCGAAACUGCUGACAGCAGUCCAUGAGAAGGGCAGUGAGAAGAAGUUUGAGGUGAUGUGCCACUUCAUGGUGACCAACAAGGACGACAUCAAGUACCUGAAGUGCCUGGGAAUGGAGCAGGAGAAAUAUGGAAACGAGUUGAGGGAUUUCAUGAAACCUGAAGAACUGGAGAAGAGAGAGCGGAUGGAAGAAUGGGAGCGGGAAAUGAAGGAACGCUAUCGAAGCGACAGUCCGGAUCUAUCGGAGAUCUAUAGGGACGCCGAUGGAUUCGCCCACAUUCCUGCAAAAUGGUACCCGAAGGAAGAAGGAGAGGACGAUGAUGAUGAUGAUUAUGAUGUUCGGAUGGAAUCAGAUGAAGACGAAUACGUUCCAAGGCCAUGGGAAUAA